CCAGGAUGGCCUGAAAGCCGUGGAAAACCUCAAGCCCUCCAUUGAAACGCUCUCCACCGACCUCCACACGAUCAAACAGGCCCAGGAUGAAGAGAGAAAGCAGCUGAUGCAGCUUCGAGAUAUUCUCAAGUCAGCGCUGCAGGUGGAGCAGAAAGAGUCUAGGAGAGAUUCACAGAUCCGCCAGAGUGCGGCCUACAGCUUGCAUCAGCCUCAGGGAAACAAGGAGCACGGAACUGAGCGCAGCGGGAACCUCUACAAGAAGAGCGACGGGAUCCGUAAAGUGUGGCAGAAAAGGAAAUGUUCCGUGAAGAACGGCUUUCUGACCAUAUCCCAUGGCACGGCUAACCGGCCUCCUGCAAAGCUCAACCUGUUAACCUGCCAGGUGAAGACUAACCCAGAGGAGAAAAAGUGUUUUGACCUGAUUUCACAUGACAGGACAUACCACUUUCAGGCCGAAGACGAGCAGGAAUGUCAGAUCUGGAUGUCUGUGCUGCAGAACAGCAAAGAGGAAGCUUUGAACAAUGCAUUUAAGGGCGACGACAACACUGGAGAAAACAACAUCGUCCAGGAGCUGACCAAGGAGAUCAUCUCCGAAGUGCAGCGGAUGGCUGGCAACGAUGUGUGCUGUGACUGCGGGGCGCCAGAUCCGACCUGGCUGUCGACCAACCUGGGCAUUCUGACCUGCAUCGAGUGCUCCGGCAUCCACCGAGAGCUGGGGGUUCACUACUCCAGGAUGCAGUCCCUGACGCUGGAUGUUCUAGGGACCUCGGAGCUGCUGCUGGCCAAGAACAUCGGGAAUGCAGGCUUCAACGAGAUCAUGGAGAGCUGCCUGCCCGCGGAGGACGCGGUCAAACCCACCCCCGGCAGCGACAUGAACGCCAGGAAGGACUACAUCACGGCCAAGUACAUGGAGAGGCGCUUCGCCAGGAAGAGCCCCGGGGACCGCGCCGCCAAGCUGCUCGGGCUCUGCGAGGCCGUCAGGACGCGGGACGUGCUGGGGCUGCUGCAGGCCUACGCCGACGGCGUGGACCUGACGGCGAAGAUCCCCCUGGCCAACGGACACGAGCCAGACGAGACAGCCCUGCAUCUCGCGGUCAGGUCCGUGGACCGCACGUCCCUUCACAUCGUUGACUUCUUGGUUCAGAACAGCGGGAACCUCGACAAGCAGACCGGGAAGGGCAGCACGGCCCUGCACUACUGCUGCCUGACCGCCAACGCCGAGUGCCUGAAGCUGCUGCUGCGAGGCAAGGCGGCCAUUGAGAUCGCCAACGAGGCGGGUGAGACGCCGCUGGACAUCGCCAGGCGCCUGCGACACGAGCACUGCGAGGAGCUGCUGACCCAAGCCCUGUCCGGGAGGUUCAAUUCCCACGUCCACGUUGAAUACGAGUGGCGGCUCCUCCACGAGGACCUGGAUGAAAGCGACGACGACAUGGACGAGAAGCUGCAGCCAAGCCCCAGCCGGCGAGAAGACCGGCCUGUCAGCUUCUACCAGCUGGGGGCCAACCAGCCGUCGUCCAGUGUGGCGUCCCUGGCCAGAGACACCGCCGGCCUGGCCAAGGACAAGCAGAGGAGCUUCGCGCCCAGCCUGCUGCAGAACGAGACGUACGGGGCCACCCUGAGCGGCAGCUCCCCGCCCGGCCAGCCCGCGGCCCCAGGCGCCGGCGCCCCCCCGCUGCCCCCGCGGAACGUUGCCAAAGACCCUCUGGCUCCCACACUGCCCGCUCCGGGGGCCAAGGCCAGCGUCAUGGAAGCCCUGGGCCAGCAGGGCAAGCCCGCUCCGCCUGGGGCGCCAGCUGGCAAGGCCGCGCCCCCGCCCUUGCCGCCCAGCCGGCUGCCGCAGCAGAGGCCCACUCCCGGGGAGAAGUCAACCCCGCUGAUCAACAAAGGCCAGCCCCGAGGCCCUGCAGCGGAUCCCUCGGGAACAGACGCCCUGGGUGCUCUGUCCGGCUCGGUGGUCCUCCAGCCCCCGGCGCCCAUGCCCAGGAAGUCCCAGACGACCAAGCUGAAGCCCAAGAGGGUCAAGGCCCUGUAUAACUGCGUGGCCGACAACCCGGAUGAGCUGACCUUCUCCGAGGGGGACGUGAUCAUCGUGGAUGGGGAGGAGGACCAAGAGUGGUGGAUCGGCCACAUCGACGGCGACCCCAGCCGCAGGGGCGCCUUCCCCGUGUCGUUUGUGCACUUUAUUGCCGACUGAGGCGCCGCCGAGGACGCUGCACCGCGCCGGCCGGCUCCCGUGGG